CAGUUUCGGAUAAGGCCGAUCUAUUUCUGGCAUAUUUUAUAAUAAUACGGUCAACCUUCAAACCAAUCAACGGUCAAAAUAUGCACCCUUGCCCGCGCAGAUACGCCAUAAUCAUCAUAAUAAUACAACUUCCCUAUUCGGUGAAUUCGCUGGGAAUACGAACAAUCUAAUACAGCCAUACAACUCCUCCCCGCUCCUCCCCCCUCAUCGCCACACGUAAGCUACGCCGCAAUCCUUCAAGCCGUGGAGAUUUCUUUUCCGUUUCCCAAUACCUUCGUUCCCGCUCAAUUGUCUGCUCAACCACAUUCGUUUCCACAGCCGCGUCCCCGGUCAAGAACCGCCAUCCCUCGUUUCAGGCACUCGUCAUCGCCCUAAUCCAUCAAGACACCCACGCCAUUUUGACUGUUUUCCUCGAUCAAACAGACAGAACGGCCUCAUUGGGAGCUUGAACAACCUGCUACUAUAAAAUAUAUAUCGCCACCCUCAUGGGUAAACACCGAUGGGGAGUCAUACUGGACGCGGGUUCGUCAGGGACUCGAGCGCACAUAUAUAAAUGGCGGCAUAGCGACUAUGCGAAGGAGAAGGCCUCGUCGAAAGAUUUGAAGAGCCUGCCGCAUCUCAAGACACACAAGAAAUGGACCAAAAAGAUACACCCCGGCAUUUCGACAUUCGGCGAGCGGCCAACAGAUGUCGGAGAAGACCACUUGAAGGAAUUACUCGACCAUGCUCUCGAUAUCGUACCGGCUGAUCAGGUCGCGGACACGCCAAUAUUUCUGAUGGCAACAGCUGGGAUGCGCCUGCUUCCUCCUAUACAACAAGCUGCACUUCUACGCGAAGUCUGUACAUAUGCAAGAGCCAACACGAAGUUCUCGCUACCCGAUUGCGACCUACACAUUCAGAUUAUUCCUGGGGAGACAGAGGGUUUGUACGGCUGGAUCGCAGCAAACUACCUUGUUGGUGGCUUCGACACGCCCGAAGAACACGCUCAUGGAAAAGACCACCACACGUAUGGAUUUCUCGAUAUGGGCGGUGCUUCAGCACAAAUUGCAUUUGCACCCAAUGCAACAGAGGCACAGAAGCAUGCGGACGAUUUAAAACUACUACGAAUGCGAACCCUGGAUGGAGUGGUGUCGGAAUAUAAAGUCUUCGUUGCGAGUUGGCUGGGAUUUGGCGUCAACCAGGCGAGACAGCGAUAUGUAUCAGCAUUAGUUGACUCGGUGGACUCGAGCAAAUCCUUGGAAAUCCCAGAUCCAUGUAUAGUCACCGGUCUGACAUUGUCAGUUGAUGGCACCAUUCUGGAUCCGGAUGCGGCGCGGCACGGUUCGAAGCCAUACUUAACAGGUCAAGGUUCAUUCACCGAGUGUUUGAAGAAGACAUAUCCAUUGCUUGAAAAAGAUGCAGCAUGCAUAGACGAACCAUGUCUAAUUAACGGACAGCACGUACCAGCCAUCGACUUCGAUGUAAAUCACUUCAUUGGAGUCUCGGAAUACUGGCAUACAACGCACGAAUUCUUUCAACUGUCCCAUAACGAAGAGAGUUAUGAUUUUACAAAAUUUCAAAGCCGAGUACGAGAGUUUUGUAAUUUGGACUGGGAUGAAAUCGAGCGAGGCGUCGAUACAAAAAAGUGGGGGAAGAAAGUGGAUGAGAAAGCCGCCUUGGAAAUAUGCUUUAAAGCAUCUUGGUUAACCAGCAUCCUACAUGAGGGCAUCGGCAUACCACGGCUUGGCGUUGACGGGAUCCCAAAGGGCGUUAAUGGAACAAACGACGCUGUCCGGAAUACAAAGGAAACUGGGUAUUUGGAUCCCUUCCAGGCCGUGGACAAAAUUGAUGGUACAGAAGUCAGUUGGACUUUGGGAAAGAUGGUACUCUAUGCUGCCGGCCAGAUAGAACCCCAAGGAAAGGAUCUUCCCGUCGGCUUUGGAUCCAACGUACCGUCUGGUAUCUCAAGUGACUUUCAGCGGGCAGGGUCAACAUAUACACCAUGGAAGGGCGGGGACGAUGAUGAUGAUUGGGACGACAAGAUACUUCAUAAGGCAUCAAAGCCGUCAACCGGUCUGUUCAUUAUGAUCUUCAUACUUGGCUUCCUUUUCUACAUAUUCCGCAAGAAAGAGCGCCGAUCGAGAGUCUACGGAAAGAUAUCCUCAGCCAUACGCCGUAGCAGAAAUAAGAAAGGCGGGCGCAGCUUCUUCAGUGCCAGCAAAUUGUUCGGCCGCAAGUCUGGCUACUACGAAAGGGUCCUCGAAGAAGGGGAUGGAGUCAAUGACUUUGAAUUGGCCGAUGUGGACUCCGAUGAUAGCAAUGAGGCAUCUGAUGGCAGCGAAGGCAGCAGCGGCGCACGUGCCUCUGGCUUGGCAACCCCUAAACUCAACGUCGUCAACUACGGAGAUGGAAACUUUUUCAGCCCCGUUGGUACUCAUGGCUUUCAUGCCGAUGGCAGCUUAACGUCGAAUCAUUUACUACCCAAUGCUAUGGACAGGAGCGGCUUGGUUGUGAGAACUGAGUCAAGGGAGAGAUUAGCGCCAAGCUUGACAAGCGUGGGAUCAGGAAGGAGCAGGAGUAGGGCUGGGAGUCCGACGAGAAAAAGCCCCUUAAUGAGCCCCGUGGACGAGGAUUGAAGGAGGUUAAGUGUUUUUAUUCUUGUUUCAAUAUAAUAGUGUACGGGUUUUUAUUAGUAGCGUGGCGCUUAUUCUGUGGGCAGUGGCAUACGGUGUUUGUGGCAUAUGGCAAGGAAUCGGGUUGGCGUCUCUUCAUGUGCCAUGGUGGAUGGCAUUUAUAUCACGAUACUUUUGGAACCGAACUGGGUGGUCGGCAGCAGCAUGUAUGUAUGUUAGCAUAGUAAGUAAUUACUUAAAUUAAAG